AUGAGGUUACGACAGCCACGACCGCACACUUUGCUUCUCCUCCUACCCGCUUUACGAGUUCUCGCCACAUCCAUUGCCGUGGACACAUCAGACGACAAGCCAGUCGCGCGGGCCGUUGUGCCAGCCUACACCCAAGCCACCUACUCGCCUGAUGCCUCACUUGCCCCGACGGCGGUCCCAAAAGGAACCAAAGAUGCGCCUGUCGAUGGGCUAGACGGCAAGCCCCACGCCGGGCCAUACGUGGACGACGACCCAAAAUACAAAGGGAAGAAGGCUCCCAAUGUCGUUGAAGAUCUUGGAGCAGCCAAGAAGCCUGGCGCUUCUACCGAGACUGUGCUUGUAGACGACGUCAAGGAUGGCGACAAGAGCGUCAUGCAGGACCCGGCACGGAAACCGGCCACUGGCAGCACAGGCACCGAGGGUGGAGUGUCGGCAAAAGACAAGGAGCGACUGGCACACGAGGAGAAAACGGGGGAGAAAAUGGAACAGGUUCCCGAGUCGCCAAAGGAGGCUCCCGCCCAUCCUGCCGACCAGAAGCAAUUGAGCGGAGACGCUGUAGAGACUGCAAGCACCACUCGUGUGCUCGGUGCUGGCGGACUUGAGAAACCCACCGACCUUCCCGACUCCCUGCAUGACAACCCUCUUCCUGUUCCAGGCUCCGUCUCUACCAAAGAUCCCCUAGACACUUCACCACCCAAGACACCCUCUUCGACACUCGACGACGUUGACGCCGGCGCCGUACAACCUUUCCAUUCCUUCAUACUCGCUUUCACCAUGAUUAUCGUCUCGGAAAUUGGUGACAAGACAUUCCUCGUUGCGGCGCUCAUGGCUAUGCGACACCCUCGACUCCUCGUCUUCUCUGCCGCCUACUCCGCUUUGGUCGUCAUGACAAUUCUUUCGGCUGUCAUGGGCCACGCCGUCCCCGCGCUGCUCUCGGAACGCUUCACGCACUUCGCUGCGGCUGCUCUUUUCCUCGUCUUCGGUGUCAACCUCAUAAGAGAGGGUCUCGCUAUGAGCCCAGACGAUGGCGUGGGCGAGGAAAUGGCUGAAGUCGAGCAGGAACUUGAAGAGAAGGAACAGCUUGCCCGACACCAAAACCGCCGGAAGUCCUCCAUCUCUCCGUAUGCCCUCGAGUCUGGACGUGGUGUGCGACGCUCCCGAUCCAACUCGCGACUACCUGCCCCCGCACGAAGCCCUUCCAGCUCGCCCGAUCGAAUGCCCUCACCGCGCGGAGGCUCUAUGAGCGGCACUUUGGGCGCCGUGAACAACCUCUUUUCCCUCCUCCUUAGCCCUGCGUGGGUACAGACAUUUGUUAUGACUUUCCUCGGAGAGUGGGGUGAUCGCAGUCAAAUUGCGACUGUUGCUAUGGCUGCUGGGUCUGACUACUGGUAUGUCACUGCCGGCGCUGUAGUCGGCCACGGACUGUGUACUGCAGGUGCCGUCAUCGGUGGCCGCGCCAUUGCUGGAAAGAUCAGCAUGCGCAAUGUCACGCUUGGUGGAGCGAUUGCUUUCCUCGUUUUCGGUAUUAUCUACACAUUCGAAGCGUUCUACUCAUCUUGA